CGAUCAUUCUUCUUUUAGAAUUUUCGAAACAUUGACCCCUCAAAGUUUCUGUUUUUUCAAAGUGUCCACUCCCUUUGUUCUUCUUCUUGAUUGCCAAACUUGCUGCGGAGUAAGGAAGCAGCUAAAGCCAUGACAGUAGCAGCAGGAUUUGGAUACGCUUUGUUAGCUCUUGGCCCUUCUCUCUCCCUCUUCAUUGCUCUUAUCUCUAAAAAACCCUUCUUGAUUCUCACACUUCUUUCAAGUACAUUGGUAUGGCUUAUGAGUCUGAUAGUAAUGUCAGCACUUUGGAGGGCUUUCCUUCCACUGAAAACCACAGCAUGGUGGCCAUAUACAAUCCUCAUACUCACUUCUGUUGGUUUCCAAGAAGGGCUUCGUAUUCUCUUCUGGAAAGUUUACAAGAAGCUGGAGGAUAUAUUGGACGCAUUUGCUGACAGAGUCUCUAAACCUCGCCUCUUUAUGACGGACAAGAUGCAAAUUGCUCUUGCUGGGGGUUUGGGACAUGGUGUGGCUCAUGCUGUGUUUUUUUGCCUUGGCCUUUUGACACCUGCAUUUGGACCAGCGACAUAUUAUGUAGAGAAAUGCUCAAAGAUACCCUUCUUUCUUGUUUCUGCAAAUAUAGCGCUUGCAUUUGCUACGAUCCACACUUUCUCCAUGGUUAUUGCGUUCAGUGGAUAUGAAGAAGGAAACAAAGUGGACCAGUGUUUUGCUCCUGUUGUUCACGUAAUUGCUGGCAUGUUGACACUGGCAAAUCUUGCAUUUGGAGGCUGCAUGAUUGGCAUUCCACUUCUCUAUUGUGUAGCAAUUGUGACUUUGGUACAUUGCGGAAAGACGGCAUGGAGGAGAUUGAUAGAAAGCAGGGAAGGAAGCUUUAGCAAUAGCCAGUAAGCAAGAAAGCGUUUGCUUUAGGCCUCCAAAAUAUUUCAUACUGAAGUAGUGAAGUUUACGAUUUUCUUUUGACGAAAUACAUACACAGACACUCAAACUUUGACGUAAUUUUCAUUUUAACACCAAAUCUUUGCUUUGUACCUAUUGAACACCUAAUAUUGCAAAAAAAAUAAAUGUUUUUAUUCAA